UACACUUUUAAAAUGUCUGACGAACCUAAGGAAGAGGUCAACGAAAAAGAUUCAGUAAUAGCAGAAGCCAAUAUUUCUAAUGAUGCUGAUUUAAAAAAUGUUACAUAUUUGGAUAAGUGUAAUCAUUACACUAGAAAUUGUAAAUUAAAAGCACCGUGUUGUUCUGUAUUUUAUUCUUGCCGAUUCUGUCAUGAUGAGGACAACGAUCAUGAAAUGGAUCGCCACAAGGUUAUGGAAGUGCAAUGCAAGCGAUGUGAUACAAUACAAGAAGUCAGGAAAGAUUGUUGCAAAUGUGGAAUUAUCUUUGGAGAAUAUUUCUGUCCAAUAUGUCGACUUUAUGAUGUUCCUAAACACCAGUUUCAUUGUCUCAAGUGUGGAAUAUGCAGGGUUGGACCUGAGGAUAAAUAUUACCACUGUGACACCUGUAAUGCCUGUCUCAGCCUAGAGCUCAAGGGCCAACAUAAAUGCAUAGAGAAUGUCUCAAGGUCAUUGUGCCCUAUAUGUCAAGAAUUUCUUCAUACUUCCCGCUCAGGCAUUGAGAUUCCUCGAUGUGGACAUAUGAUACAUCAAGAAUGCCUAAAGAGCUGUGCCGAACAAAGGCUGUACCAAUGCCCUGUCUGCAAAGAGUCUUUGUGGGACAUGAAGGAAGUUUGGCAAGAGAUGGAUGAAGUUUGUGCAGCUGUUCAGUUACCCGAGGAACUGGUGCAUGUCAAGUUGUUUAUAUUAUGUCAAGACUGUCACAAGUAUUUCUUUGGCAUAUUCAAUGACAAUGAAAAGUGAUAGACUUGUGAGCAGUUCUUCAACACUGAAGGUCUCAAGUGUAUACAUUGUGGGAGUUAUAAUACUACACAGACGUCAAGUCAUGACAGCAGCAGGCCAUAGGAGCUAUUUGUUCACAGUGUGUAACUUCAACUCAAUUCCUUUUCCGGGCUAUAUAGUUUGUUGCAUUUUUUUUUAAAUGCUGACCACAACUGAUUUUAUACACAGCGUGUUCAGGCUUUAAAGCCAAUUCUAAAUUUUAAGAAUUUUGUAACCUAACUACCGCCAAUUAUUUUUGUGUUUCUAUCGGAAUCAUCUUAACAUAAAACUGUAUUGGACAUACAGUUGUGCAAUGAUAUUUAGUUCAUUCUUGAAGUUUUCAUAAUUUAUUAAGGAUUUUAACAAAUUAUUAAUUAAUGUUGAAGGUAUAAAGCUUUAAAUGAUUAGAGUACGGCUAGAAAUUUUUUUUUUUUUUGGGGGGGUGGGGGGGGGGGGUGGGAUUAAGCAAUUGAAUUAAGGCAUUGCUGUCGGUGGUUGUUGAAUUAACGCAGUUAAAAAAUGGUUGUUGAAUUAGGGCCAGUUUUAAAUUUGUGGUUUUUAAAACUUGUGUUUAUUGUUAUUUAAAGGAUGAACAGUUUUUCAUUAUUUGAAAAUAGAAAUGUUCAGGAUAAAUUUUAUUUUUUCAGUUUCAUAAAUAUAACAUAUUAGAUAUCCACUUCCAAAAACUGGUUUGCUUACCAUUAUGCAUAGUCAUUGCCAAUUAUUUACAAUUAAGUCUUUCUUGCACAUUGCCCUCAAGCAAAUCAUGGUUUCUUCCUGCUUCCAUCUGACGAUUGUCAGUUUCCUAUUGAGAGUAAUACUGGGAUGUCUGCGUGCUUCCUUUUUAAAGAUGUUUAUAAUCAAUUUUUUUUUUCCAUUAUAAGUUUAGUCAUUGGCAGUGUUCAUUUUUUUUAUUCUAUGUGCCAGGAUGAAUUUAUAUUAGUGCUCUUUCUUUCCUAAUGCUUAUAAUGCAUUGAACAAGUUGCCUGAAUCAGCCAGGACAAUGAAUGACUACAUAGAGUUUAACUCAUUAACUUGUAAGACUAGAUUAACUCUUGCAUAUGCUAGGACAUUAUUAAUUUUAUUUUUUAAAUUUAUUUUUUUUGUUGAGAAGUACCUCUAAUUUAUGAGAUACAAGCUGGAAUGUUUGUCCUAAUAUUUCAAAUAUAUUUGAAAUUCUUCUCAGCCAAUUUUAUGCUAUUGACUUAAUCAGUUAUCUAUUAUUUUGAUUACAUUCUAUGUUUAAUGUAAUAGUGUACAAAGCAAGUAAUAAAGUUGUCUUUCUUCAUUUCUGUCUUUUUUUUUUUUAUAAAUUUUUUUUAUGUAACAGGCAUGUCAAUUCUUUGAUUUCUUUCCAUUGCCUCUCUGUCUGCCUCUUCUUUUUCUCCUGAUACUGUUCCCUGAAGGAAGGUCUUUGCAAAACCUGAGGACCUUAUGAUAUGGCCAUAAUGUUUAUGUUGGUGUGUUUUGACAUUAGUUAGCAGGACACUGUUUUUUAUCUCUUCAUUUGUGAUGUGGUUUUUGUAAUUGAUACCUAAGAUCUUUUUUAUGUUUAGCCUCUCAUUUCCAUUGCUUUGAUCUUCCUCUGUAGAUUGGCAUCCAGCGUCCAAGAUUUGCAAGCAUAUAAAAAUGUGGCCGUGACCAGGGAGCACAUCAAUAAGAUUUUAGUGUCGAGGGUUCUGCCUUUGUCUUUCCAGGUCAUUUUGAAAUUUGCAUUUUCUGCUGUGGACUGUGCAAUUCUGGUCAGGUUUUGUUCCUUCAUUUGAGAUGAUAGCUCCGAGGUGUUUAAAAUUACUGCCACUUGUCAGCUUUCACCUCUAAUACUGAUGUCCCUUUUUAAAGCCCUGUUGGCUAGAGGUCUAAUUUGUGUUUCUUUUAGGAUUGAUUUGCAUACCAUUUGCUGCAGAAGUCUGUCUAUGCACAACACCAAGUCAGCUAAUUCUUCUUCUGUCCCUGCCAGACCAUCUAUGUUGUCCGCAAAGUGCAAGAUAGUAAUUCUUCUUCCUCCAAUGCUUACAGUACCUUUGUAACCCACUAGAGCAUCUUCCAUUAUCCUUUCAAGGAAGAUAUUGAAAACAGUUGGUGAAAGCAUGCAGCCUUGUCUCACUCCAUCUUGGAGUAUAAACAAAUUAACAACAAAUCUAUGGUAUAUAAUUUGUAAAGUUGUAACAUAUCAAUAAAUAUGCCUUUAGAAAUGUAAAAACAAA